UUGCUUUGUGUAUCCUACGGGGAGGUUUUAUGAAAUGGGAUAUUGUAUUGACUCAACAGGAAAUAGACUACGGUUUAGAGUAGUACAUCGUCAGAGGACAUGAAGAAAUACUGUCGGUGAUAUUAAACGCAGAGAGGCUACUUUAUUGUGCUGUAGAAGUUUUGACAUGUUUCUAGCAGUGCGGCUCGUUUUGUUUUAGCAUACUUUCUUCUGUUUAUGUGCUAGAAUAAGAAGAAGUGUCAUUUCGCUUGAUACAUUUUGCCUUGCCGGAGCUACAAUGACACCGUUGAAUUUGACAACGAAGGAGAGAACACUUUGUCGCGCUAAAACCCACUGGACUUCAACAGCAGCGACAGCUGGAAUAGUUGUGCUGUGUGUGUUUGCGUGGUCUUGUCACGCGGAAGAAGCAUCUUGUCACGGAGCGUACGACUUGUACUUUGUUCUAGAUAGGUCGGGAAGUGUUUCUAACGACUGGGGUGAGAUUUAUGCCUUUGUGAAGAAUCUGACAGAUCGAUUUGUGAGCCCCAGCAUGAGGGUUUCCUUUAUAGUGUUUUCAUCUUCAGCCAAAGUGAUGUUACCUCUCACUGGAGACAGGUAUGAAAUCCAGAAAGGCCUGGAGGCACUGAGAGAGGUGAAGCCAGCAGGGGAAACCUACAUGCAUGAAGGGAUUAAAGAGGCAAACCUUCAAAUCAAAGCCCAAGAGACCAAGUCCUCCAGCAUCAUUGUGGCUUUGACGGACGGGAAGCUGGAGGUCUAUGUACAUGAACUAACAGUUGAAGCGGCCAACGACGCAAGGUACUACGGUGCUCGGGUGUACUGUGUUGGUAUCAAGGACUUUGACGAGCAACAGCUAGCCGAGGUGGCUGACACCAAAGAUCAAGUGUUCCCUGUUAAAGAUGGCUUCCAUGCACUCAAAGGCAUUGUCAAUUCA